GAACAUGAUUGGGGAUCUCGACGAAGCAAGUCGUCGGGGCGCGAGAGAACAGGUUCAUGUCCUUUCUGCCGCUGCUGCUGCUCCCGCUCCCGCUGCCAUUGCUGCUGUUCAGCUGAUGGCCGAUGUGGUUCGCGAUUAGAAAUAGUAACGGCUGUUUUGUUUGAACGCGCGCCCGCUCGCAAGGGAGCACGGCUGCGGCGAGAAGUCGGACACCGAUUGAACGAGCGCCACGGGCCUUUAACAACGUGAGCCUUGAGGGGGACACUAGAGCCGGGGUCGACCCCUUGCAAUCGGCGUGGGUCUUCUUGCGUGGGUUGCCUGCGGUAGGGAAGCGGUUUAUCGAUUGAUUGCAGGAAGUGAUUGAAGCGCACUUUGGGAUCCGGUGCGGAAAGUGGAGGAGUUGUUGUGCGAGGUGUGGAAAGCUUGUGUGUACAGCUGGGAAUCAGAGUGUGGGACGGUCUGUGGAGGAGGAGGAUAUGGAGCGAGGAGGGAGAGACGGACAGAAUAUCGCUAGGGAUGCGCUCACCAUCGAUGAAGCGUGCGCAUACACUGACAGAAUGGAAGUGCCCGGGGCAAGGGGGAGGAUACCCGAAGAAAUUCUGCAAGAAAUCUUCUCUAGAAUGCCAUACCCGGAAAUCGUGAAAAUUCGUGAGGUUUCCAAGGUUUGGAACACGUAUUUUCUGAAUGAGUUGAAGCCGAACUUGCCAGCGAUCGAGCCCGCAGUGAAUGAGGCGACUCCGUUUUCAACGUGGGCUAAGUACUGCCCUUAUCUUUACGACAACCACAUGGAGUCGAUGUGCUUUCCAUGGGCUAGGUAUCGCCAGUAUAUGUACGAGAAUCAGCUGGAAAUUGACUCAGACUCAGAUGCUCGCUGAUCUCAGAUUACGAUGUGGAAAGCAGUUUUGGGCCCUAAACCAACAGGACGCUCGAUAUUAUAGAUCGGCGUGGAGGUCGAGAUUCAGUCACUGGGCUGCUUUGGCAGUGUAGAAAUCGGCUGCUGCGGGAAUGUUGCUUUGGCUAUCCACCCGAUGAUCUACCGGGUUUUUUUGAGUUCCAUCCCCAUCAGCAGAAAUGACAAGGUGUCUGGACCAUUCCUUUACCCUCAAUUCGCCAGCAUUUUUUGAUAUCAUCUCCAUGGACAGGAACAGAUUCGUAGUUGAACUUUCUCCUCACCCUGAUUUCUCCUGGGGUUUUUUGAGUUCCACUCCUUUCACAGGAUCGAUAUGGUACUUGAACUAUUUUCUUAGCCCUGGAUCCAACGGGGUUUUUAGGUACCACUAAUUAAAACAAGCAGCUUGUAUUUUCAAGUAUCUUUGUACAGCUGAGCAGCCUUCAUAUACUCUGCUUAAAAAAUAUAAUUGUCGAUCUUAUUUAGAAUAUGUUGGGUUCGAUUCGGUCAGUUUCGUUCUCAGCUAGACAAUUGAAAGUUGGACUUUGUUAUGAUCGCGAUGCUUUCGCUAAAUACGCUGAGGAUAAGAUUUCAUUCGUUUUGCCGCAUUAGGUGAAUUGAAGCUCCUGGAUGGUUUGUACUAUCAGUGUCCAGUGAACUUGCUCUCCAAUAUCUGAUUCCUUCCACAGUUGAGAAAAUCGGGACAGAUUGCAUAGGCAGCCGAGCCAUUCUUCUCUAGACACUAUCAAGAUUUGGGUCUCCCAGCUGUACCUAGAAGGAACAUGUGGCACAUGAGAGAUGCGAUUCAUGAGAGUCGAAGGGUGAACGGCCCUAUGAUCUUCCUGUGGUUUCUGCGACGAUUGGAAUAAAGUCCUUAUGUUUUUCAGAAUAGAU